CAAUUGUUCAAUAUAAGCUUUAAAAAAUGACUUUUUUUAUACAUAUAUAUAGUGCAGUUGAGGUCAGUGAAGUCGUUAUAAUGUUGACGCCGAGAAUCAUAGCUGAAAUGAGAAUUAUCCGACGGUCAGUAAAAGCAUCUCAGAAUUAGCGACACCUGUGUUUUUGGAUUAACGGCAGAUUCGAGAAAUUUCCCCAAAGCAACUCCGUUUCUAUGGUUUUUUAAAUUAAAAACAAAAACAAGUAAAGAAUAAAACCGUAGGUCGGCGUUUGCUUUUUUUAAAAGGGCUAGCUAGUUAGCCGCAAAGUUACUUGCCAUCGUUAAAUUCAACAAUGAAGGAAACCAUGAAGUGCGUGAGCCAUAAACAGGCCAGCCAGCUCCUGCACAACAAGUUCAUAGUGGUGUUGGGAGACUCCAUUCAUCGCGCCAUUUAUAAGGACCUUGUUCUGCUGAUUCAGCAGGACAAAUACCUCUCCAUGAAACAACUAAAAACCAAGGGUGAGAUCAGCUUUGAACAGGACUGCCUGGUGGAAGGGGGUUGUCUGGACCACAUGCACAAUGGGACGGAGUACAGAGAGGUUCGCCAGUUUCAGUCCAGCCACCACCUUGUUCGCUUUUACUUCGUCACACGCAUCUACUCUCGCUACAUGCGGAGCGUCAUAGCAGACUUGCGCCGCGGCUUGAAGCCGGAUGCGGUCAUCGUCAACUCCUGCGUUUGGGAUAUUUCAAGGUACAAUUCCAAAUGGCUUCACAGCUACAAGGAAAACCUGCACGAGUUCUUUGAUGACCUGAAAACUGUUCUGCCGGAGGAAACGCUGGUUAUAUGGAACCUCACCAUGCCCUUAGCGGAGAACAUCAAAGGCGGCUUCCUGGUGCCUGAGAUAGAGCACAAGGCUCCUCAGCUGAGAUACGACGUGAUCGAAGCCAACUUCUACAGCGGCACCCUGGCCGACGCCUACGGCAUGGACGUGUUGGACCUGCACUUCCUGUUCCGCUUCUCUCUGCACCACCGCACGAAGGACGGAGUCCACUGGAACGCCAUCGCCCACCGCAUGAUAUCCUCUCUGCUGCUACAGCACGCUGCACAGGCCUGGGGCGUGAUCCUGACCCGUCCCACCGCCAUCGAGUACACUGGGGUUAAUACUGUUCACCUGCCAGCGCGCAACACUGGUCCAGAACUAGCAAACUGGCACCCGACGCUGAAUUCUUAUGACGGCAACAGGGAGGAGUUCUCCAGCGAUCAGCUGCCCUCCGACUACUUGAGCUUUGAGGAAAGCCACCCAGAGCCGAGGAGGAGUCGCCGUAGGGCCCCUCGGCCGUACAGACCGCCCUCCCCACCACGGCCUCUCCUGCCGGACUACGGGCGUCCAUACGAGCACCACAGACACGAUUAUGACUACAGGCCUCCCCAGUACUACAGCCCCUACAGAGAGCACCACCAUCAGUACGUGAUGAGGAGCCGACACGUCAGACACCACUACGCUCCGUACCCCCAUCACAGGCCUAUUCACCACGGCUACCACAAUUACUACUACUGAGGCAAGAGUUUUUACACAGCUGCAGAAAUGGUCCCAUUCUCACGCUGUUUAGAUGGACUUUUAUCCAAGUGUGUUCAUGACAACUGUUGGGAAGCAGUUUUCAUACAUAUAUAUAUGAUAGUUUACUUGUUUGAAUACUCAACUUUGCAGUUUUCUUUGCAUUAACCAAACAUUUUUAAUACAUUUUUCAAUUCAAAGUAUUUUAACUCUGCACUUAUUGGUCGGGUUCUAUUAAAGUUUCUGUGAAGCAUUCGAUUAAAGUUGAUACAAAUACA